UCUUGAAAUAUAAAGUGGCGUUAGUGGAUCCACCUUAACAGAGAAUCGGUGUAAUAAGAAGAUCCUGAAUCUGCCAGUCAUUCGAUAAUUCAAGCCCAUUCUUUUGUGUUUCACGUCGUACUUAAUGUUAUAGAAAAAAAACUAUUUAAAAGGAAAUAAAAUAUAAUUAAAAAAUAAAAUGGGAUCUGUACGUGUGAUCAACAAUGAAAGUCAAUUUUAUAGCCAAUUGACUGAUGCGGGUACGAAAUUGGUCGUUGUAGAUUAUACAGCUACGUGGUGUGGACCAUGCCAAAGAAUUGCACCGGUAUUUGAACAAUAUUCUACGAAAUAUCCUAAUGCUGUAUUUCUCAAAGUAGACGUAGACAAAUGCGCAGAAGUUGCAGCUUCCCAAGGUGUCAGUGUAAUGCCCACUUUCAUUUUCUAUCGCAACCGAACUAAAUUGGGUUCCUGCCAAGGAGCGGAUCCAGCUGGACUUGAAUCAAAAAUACAACAAUAUUAUGGAAAUGGUGAUACCGAAGAAUCAGAGAGUUCAGUUACUGGACAUAUGGAUUUAAAUACAUUCAUUGCUAAAACGCAAUGCGAAUGUUUAAAUGAAUCAGAUGACCACAACUUUGUUCAAUGCUUAACAACUGAUGAUGGAUAUCUAGAGAGCGAUUGUGAUGAACAAUUAAUAUUAUCUAUUACUUUUACUCAAGCUGUUAAAGUACAUUCCUUAAAAAUCAAAGCACCAACAGAUUCGGGGCCAAAAUAUGUGAAACUUUUUAUCAAUCAACCUAGAACUAUAGAUUUUGAUAUGGCAGACUCCAAUACUAGUGUCCAAGAUCUUACAUUAUUGCCAAAAGAUAUCGAAGAAGGAAAUCCAAUUCCCUUGCGUUACGUGAAAUUCCAAAAUGUACAAAAUCUUCAAAUAUUUAUAAAAAAUAAUCAAGCUGGAACUGAUACUACUAGAAUCGAUCAAUUGAUUAUAUUUGGAUCACCAAUUUCAACAACCAAUAUGGGUGAAUUCAAAAGAGUAACUGGUAGAAAAGGAGAAAGUCAUUAAAGUAUGUUGGAAACAAGUGAAUUCAAAAGAAUUGUACUCUAAAAUAAUAAUUGACCAUGGCUACGUACAGAUAAUAAAUGUUAAAUCUUCAAUUUAAAAUUGCAUAUUACAAUUUACGUUACGUUGAUAUGAGAACAAGUUUCGUGUAUUAUAUUUUUUAUUUAGUUUCCUAUACAUAUUGUUUAAAAUACUGUAUAAGAUAUCCUACUGAGAUAUAUAAACCUAAUACCAAGGUAUAAUCUCUCUUAUCCAUAUUCUCAACAAUAUUAAAUUGCUUUGAAAUAUAUUUCCAAGGAUUCUAUCUUGCUAUUUGUGAAAGACACAAUUGUUCGUAAUAAUAAAAAAAUAAAACUAUAACUUACA